UCACCGUUCACCCAUAGCAGCGGACAGCUCACAGCACGGCAGUAGCGCAGGUACUACGGGCGGGCCUUCGAGGGACUGCUGUUGCGCACCAUAGCUUUCACACAGCAGUGUCCAAUUGCUGUCGUCGUCGACAUCCAUAAUAUGGCAACGGAGACCGCCCCUCCUCCAUCAGUGCCCGGUGCGGAUGCGCCGAAAGCGGUCUCUUUUUCAAGCUCGGAUGCGCCAAUCCAGGCUGUGACCGUGUUCCGCAAGGGCAAGGCUGAAGUCACACGUAUCAUCAACUUCUCGUCACCGUCCAGCCUCGGUCGCCAUGAGGUGGAGCUCGCAGAUCUUCCCCGCAGCUUCAUCGACCAGACGAGCGUCAGAGUCACGGGCUCCGGGCAUUGCACGAUUCUCAACGUCAGCUACUCCGAGGAGCCGCCAACACUUCCGACCCAGGAGGAGCGAGACGCGGCCAAGGCCAGGGGAGAGAAGCGCAAGCAAGAUAUCCAGAGGCUGACAAACGAGCUCACGAUCCUGAGCCAGCAAUGUUCUCGAAACGUGCAGCUGCGAUGGUACGCCGAUCGCUUCGCCAUGACCACCACCGCCGGAGGUAGCGCGAAUGCUGCUGCCACCCCGGGCGUCUCCAACGAUGGGCCGGGUCCGAAAGUGGAAGACGUGGGCAAGGCUCUGGACUGGUGGACGACCCGAGCGGUGCAGACCGACGCCGAACAACACCGACUCGAGCUAGAGCGCCAACGCCUGACGGAAGCCAUCGCCGAGCUCCAGAAGCCUUCAAGCGCUUCGAAUGUUGCGGCAAGCGCUGGGAAUGUUGCGGCAAUGGCGACGAAAAAGCCGGGUAGGAUACUCAUCACCGUCGACGUGCAAGAGCUUGGCAACAUCGAACUGGAGGUCAAAUACAUGACCCGUGGGGCGAGUUGGUCUCCUUCGUACGACCUCCGAGUGGAUACUCAGACCGACUCCGUGUCGUGCACGUACUACGGUAUGGUCACACAGAGCACCUCCGAGGACUGGCAAGGAGUGUCUCUUCGGCUAUCGACAGCGGAGCCCACUGUCCACGGGACGCCACCUGCGCUGGGAAGCAAGACCCUUUGCAUCAAAACCGUCCAGAAGCCGGAGCCCAGUUCCCACGCCCGUUCUCGCAGGAGGGCCGGACUUCGUACAGGAGCCGGUAUGGAGGAACUGGUGCCUAUGCAAGCUCGGUUUCAUGCUGCCAGUGGUGCCGGCGGUGCUGGCGGCGGGCAUGGCGGGAGUGCCUCCGUCCCACCGCCGCCCCCAAGGGCGAUACCUGCCACGGCUCAGGUGGAGGGCGGGGGGCGGUUCUUGGGCGCCGUAUCUUUCGCCGUCGAAGCGCCUGCAGAUAUCAAGAGCAACGGUCAGAUGAAGAAGCUCACGGUGGGAGAACUGCAGUUAUCCGUGGAGGUUACACACUACAUCGUACCUGCUAAAGCACCCGCCGCGUACCUCCAGGCAAAGGCGACGAACAACACCGACUACCUGCUCCUGGCGAGCAAUAACGUGUCGAUCUUCUUCGACAACAGCUUCGUCACCAAGACCAGCCUCUCCUCCGUCUCUCCCGGAGAGUCGUUCCAGACCUUCCUAGGCAUCGACCCCGCCGUUAAGAUCACGGUGGCGCCUCCACGCAAGACAAGCACGAAGCGCGGCAUCAUCUCCAAGUCCAACCACGUCACACACACACACAGCACGUUGAUCUCCAACACGAAGAAGGUGCCGGUGACGUGUGUCGUCGUCGACGCCAUGCCGCGUUCCACAGACGAUGUCAUCAAGGUGACUCUGAAGGAACCGCUACCGGCUAGCGUGUCCGAGUGUGAAGCCAUAACUGACGACUCGCUCGUGUCCGUCGCGUUGGAGAUGUACGGAGGUGGUGAGGGGAACAUCAACAACAACACUCAACGCCCGCCGGCGACUCCCGCCGGAAGCCUCGUGACGGGUGUGAUGAAGAGUCCAUCGAAUCAUCUGGCUUGGGUGGGAAAGAUCGCCCCUCAGGGUGGGGUCUCGAUCCCCCUCAAGUACACCGUGGAGUGGCCUUUCGAGAAGGAGAUUGAGACGUUGUUCGGAUAGAGCUGAGAUGGGUGAACGUCAGCAUCAAUAGGAAACAACGAUCGACACCGCUUUCCGACCAAGGUCCCAUCAGUACAUAGUGACACCGACGUCGUACAAUAGUAUCCUUGUCUCGCUGCUGAAAGUGGCCCUAGAUGAAAUAUAAGUACUUGACUGUCGUGUUUUUUCGAAGGGGAGCACUACAGUAGCUGGGUGUGAGCGAAGGGCCGGCUGGUAUUCACUCGUUCGAAAGGCGGUAACGGAUGGUACAUACAAACUGUAGCACUACGUAUAUGUGGGGGGUGUUGCGGUUGAUGCUGUUGCUCUCCGUGUGCCUUACAGCUACGUCUAGUCCUAAUGACACGAUACUAGUCAGCCCACGCGUCGAUAGGCUGUGGUACGUGUGCCCUUCCAUCGCUUCAUUGUAGAGAGCAGCUUCGAGAUAUAUUGCCCUGUCGAGGCGGAGGAGCUAUAAAACAAAUGAAGCGAAAGUGAAAUCUGUGCUUGCCCGCCAACCAAAUCGCCAAAAGCACCGACGGAUCGACAGCAAAAGAUC